AUGUCUCCAUUUGACGAGAGCCAGAAUGAGUGCAUUGACUCAUAUCUACUGAGAUUUGAGGAUAUAGCAACAUCAUGCAACCUCCCACAGACAGAAUGGGCAAGAAGCCUCAUGGGGCGCUUAAAAGGUAGAGCCAUCAACAUCUGUCUUCAAAUGAGAGAUGAAGAAAGAAAAGAGUACGUGGCCGUGAAGGAGGCGUUGCUGAGACAGUUUGGCUCCACAAGUUACGAAUACAGAAGGAGAUUGAAAGAGUCGACACCUCUGGCGAACGACGAUCCUCAAAUAUUCGUCACCAACAUGUCGAUAUACUUCGAUCGAUGGGUAGACCUGUCAAAAGUGGAUCACAAAUAUGAAACCCUCAGAGAACACAUCAUAAUGGACGCUGUGAUGGAAGCUUACAAUAAUAAUGUGAAAACAUACGUCACGGAGCGAGAGCCAAAGACCAUCAGCAGCCUGAUAGCACAACUAAGGCAGUAUAAGGCCGCACACCCAAUGGAAGUAAGAGGGAAAGAUGAAGAUAAGAGCCCAACAUAUACCUACAAGGAACGACGUAACCAGCAAAAGGUUCGUUUCCAAUGUCAAAUUUGCGGUAGAACAAACCACAUUACAGACACUUGCUUCUACAACCGACGCAAUAGAGUUUGGAACAACAGACCCAGAGAUAGAGCAUUUGCUGCCAAACACGCUAAUAAACUGCAGGUAUACCCGGGCUUUGUGGGAGAACAAAUGACCAACGUACUGUACGAUACAGGUGCAACUGCAAUUUUAGUCGCAAAAGAAUACGUCAACCCACAAGAGUACACCGGAAGAAGACAAGACUGUGUUGGUUACACGGGUCAAGUAACUACACAUCUGGUAGCACGUAUCAACAUACACACACCGUUCAUCAGUGGUUGGCAUGAGGCUUUAGUACUAGACAAUAAGCCUGACAACAUUGGUCUUAUCAUUGGCUGUAUCAAAGGCUCUAAACCUUGCACAGUAGAAGAAUUGAACAAGUGGAAAGAAAAAUACAUACAGAAAUGUUCCAUGGUUACUACAAGAGCUCAGAAGAAAGCAGAAGAAGUGCUAAAUACAAACGAUAACAUACAAGUUCCUUAUAACAAUGAAAAUGAAAAUACAGAAACAGAAAAUUGCGAUAUGAGAAGCCAUAAUCAAGUGAACAACCCGAAUGAAAUCUCCACAGAAAGUCAAGACCCACUACAGAUUAAAACAGAACAAUUUGUCAGUGAACAGAAAAAUGACCCAGAUCUAAUAAAACUCAUAGAAAGUGAAGCUCCACCAAGACGAGGGUUAAUUAAGAUAGGCGAAGAUGGUGCCUAUGUGAGAGAAAUUCAUCUGAAAGCAGGCAAGACACAACAAUUGCUAGUUCCAAAGAAGUAUAGAGAAACAAUUUUUAAGCUUGCACAUGACACCCCGUUUGCCGGACAUAUGGGAGUAAAGAGAACAUUGAAUAGAAUCUUGAAUGAAUUUUUUUGGCCUAGAAUUACGCAAGAAGUCAAGGCCUACAUAAAAUCUUGCCAUAUUUGCCAAAUACAUGGAGCAAAGGGAACAUAUAUGCAAGCUCCAAUACAAACAACAGACUUAAGUGAAAUGCCAUUUGAAAAGAUAACCGUAGAUAUUAUUGGACCAAUGCCAGUAAUAUCCGGAAGAGGCCAUCGCUACAUAUUGACUGUUGUAGACAUGUGCACACGGUUUCCAGAAGCAAUACCAUUGAAAAGAAUUUCUUCCGAAGAUGUCGGAGACGCACUUACAGCAAUAUUUGCAAGAACAGGUUACCCUCGCAUAAUACUGAGUGAUCAAGGCACCCAGUUUAAAUCAAAUGAAUUCGCACAGUUUUGCAAAACUCUGAAUAUUAAACAACAAUUUGCUGCCCGUUUUCACCCCCAAACAAAUGGGAUGUGCGAACGCCUGAAUUCAACGCUGAAAACAAUGCUGAACAAAGUAGCACAGGACAACCCAACAGACUGGGACAAGCUGAUCAACCCCAUACUGUUCGCCUACAGAGAAGUAACACACACAACAACGGGCUUCUCACCAUUCGAGAUGCUCUAUGGCUCACCUGUUAGGGGACCCUUGUCACUAUACAGAGACUUUCUAGUAAAUAGGAACAUAGAACAUGACGUACACACAGGAUACGAUCUUGUCAUCAAGACAAGACAAAAUAUAAUCAAAGCAUGCGAAACUGUCCAAAAGCAAACAAACAGAGAGAAACCAGAACUAUUGAGAAAGUUAAAUCAGGGGCGAAAGUUGAGAACACUACAAGUUGGUGAUAAUGUCAUGGUUCUGCUGCCUGACAGAAAUAACCAGCUAUUUAUAAAAUGGCAGGGCCCAUUCCAAGUCACAAAGGUGAUUUCGAAGGUCGACUACAGCAUAAACAUCAGAGGCCGAGACAAAGUAUUUCACAUCAAUAUGCUGAAGCUGUACAUGCCCAGACCAUUUACUCUUUCAACAAACGCUAAUCAAGACACGCAAGACAGUUGUAGAGUAAUGGUGAUAGAACCAAUAGAGGAAGCAGAUAAUGUCUAG